AUGCAGAGGCAUAUCUCAUUACCAUCCUCCUGAUAGUGCAGCCAGUGGGUGUUGCAAGAGGAGGAGGGAAGGAGAGCCAAGACAGUGAGCUUUAGAGAGAGAGAGAGAGAGAGAGAGAGGGGAGAGGACGAAGACAGGCAGAGAAGCAGAGCCAGCAUUAUAGAGAGGAAGAACACUCAACAAGAUAACAGCAGAUACGCAUGGGAACAGCGGCGCGCAGUAAAAGCAGAGGCAGAGAUAUAGAGACAGUGGGUGUGUGUGAGAGUGUGUGUGUGUGUGUGUUCUCCUGAGGCCGUGGCAGCCAUGGCGUCGGAGCCUAGCACCCAGUCCAGGGUGAUGUUCCAGGCAACGGACAAAGCUGAGGAGCCGGCUCACCGCAAGUUGGGCAAGCUGACGGUCAAAUACAACCGCAAGGACCUGCAGAGGCGGCUGGAUAUCGAGGAGUGGAUCGACGGACAGCUGCACCUGCUGUUUGACUGUGAGGAGGAAGAGAUCCCAGAGUUAGAGAUUGACAUAGAUGAGCUCCUGGAGCUGCCAGACGAAGGGCAGAGAAGCCGGCUGCAGGAGCUGUUGCAAGAAUGCAGAAAGCCAAAAGAGGAUUUUAUCAAUGGGCUGCUCUACAGGAUAAAGGGUCUACGUAAAAUGUCAGGUCCCUUGAAGAAAUAAUUUUAGGUCAAAUGAAGAAUUGAGACAUUGCUGGGGCCUCUUAUCUUCCCAUCUCCCAGACGUUAACUGCUUGGAUGCCCCGUACGUGCGGUUUACAUGUCGAUGGGAUUCUCUUCGUCAGUCAGCAUCAGUCUAACACCAGAAGCAGUUGGGUUUUGAAUAGAUGUUUUUUUAUUUCACUUUAAUUUAUGGACUGCUAUAACAUUUUGUUUCCCCGUUAACCAAUAAUGCACAUGAGAUAAAAAGCUGUAUCGACUAUUACUCAGACGGACUGUUUUUUUGUUGUUGUGCAAGACUGUACAUUUUCAGUUGCCUAUUUAUGUACAUAGAUAUUUUUGUUCUGAUAACAUUGUUGUAUGUCGAAAUAAAAAUGGAACGUUUUCAAGA